UAUAGCUUAAUUAUUAUUUAUACUUUAUAAUAUCAUUUAAUGAUCAGAAGCCGAUUACGAAACUUCGAGCGAAGGACCGUCGAGGCUCGUAGAAGGAAAAUCAAGUCACACUCGUUUCUUAUCGAAAUCGUAUUUCGAUAAUCUUCGGAAAGAGGAAGAGGUCAAGAGCUUAAAGGUUUUGGAAACGAAGGAGAAACCGAAUUCGAAGCGAUAUGCCUACCUUCGAGAGGAUGUAGACGAUAUCACAAUGAGUUCGGUGUCCCUACCAAUUCUGAGAAACAUCGAAUCAAAUCCUAUUACCGAAGUCAAAGAUCGUAUGAUCUCGGAUUCCUCGUUUACUCGUCAGCAAAAAUUACAAAUGAUAGUCGAACAAACGGAACUUCUCUUAUCUGCCGAAUCGAAAUUAGUCGAUUCGGUCAAACCGGAAGUCUGUUAUCUGGGCAAGAAAUAUGAACUGAAUAGACGGGAGUCCUUAAUGUUAUUGCCUGUAAUUCAGGAUAUUAAAUUGACGGAUCAAAAGAAAAGAUCAAUACCAAGGACGACGAUAAAAAAAUUAGACAAGUCUAUCGAUCCUCGUUCAACAAACAAAGUUUCUCACGAUCUAAUCGACAUAAUCGAGAAUCCAGAAUUAUCGAGAACGUCGUUCUAUAUUCCACCGUAUCCAGUGAACGACACGUUAUUGGAUAAACCGAGUGACGAUUAUUCGUUCGAUUCGAGUAUAAAAAGACAGGUCACCAACGACACCAAUGUACUCUUGAAAAUACACGGGGAAUUGUCGCCUCUAAGAUGCGAGCUCAGCGAAAUAGCUGCCAAAUUUCGUGCACUGAAAUUACAAAGAAUGUACGGUUCCAUCGAGGAAAAUAAAAAUGCCGCAGGUGGCUACGUAUUGAGUUCGAUGGAUAUUGAUCGUGGUUUGCAGCAGGAGCAUCGUUUCGUCGGCAAUUUGCAAACGCAGUUUUCGCCAAUGACGAUGGUCGGUAAAUCGAUGUCUCGAGAAAGUUUUAACCAUAUCUCGACGGAUAAUUCACAGUUUUUCGUAGAAACCGGUUUGCACGGAGAUCGAACGGUUUCUCGCGAACCGAGCAACCGGCAACCAUCAAUGUAUUUCGAAAUAACUUCGGGCAAGAACGAAUCCUCGAUCGGAGGAACAGAGUAUCUUGGUGAAAGGAUCGCAAACUAUUAUUCGCAAACGAAUAAUACGCCGUUUGAACAUUAUUAUCGGCCACGAUCCUCUUGUAUUCACGAUCGAUAUCAAAGAGAAAGAGGAAGUAUAGUAAGAUCGGUGGACGAAGGUUACUCUUAUUAUACGAAUUUUAUUUCGAGAAAAUCUUACGACAUCAAUGGGAGUCAAUACGUUUCACGAGGGAACGCCGAUCAACCGCCGGAUUUAUUGAUUCUGGGUGGUGGUAGAUCGAAGGAAGUCGUAAGGGAGGAUCAUCAUAUUCCUUGUGAUCGGCGAAGAGGGAAAAGAAAUUUGCUGGGUUCCUCGAUGGGCUUUGAUAUCGUGACACCGAAAGUUAUCGUAGAGAAUUCUUUAUCGGCCGCUAAAGAAUCAUCCACUAACGUUUCCCUUUGCAAAGGGAAUAGAUAUUCGUCCUUGGAGAACGGCAAUCCUUAUCCCGAAAAGAAAAGAUCGAUUUGUUCAACGGUAAAAGACGUAGAGAUGUUGGUAAAUGAAGAAACGUCCAAGGAUCUUCUUACUCCAAGAGAAUCGAGAUUGAACUUGAAACAUCGGCAUCAGAAGGAACAAGUGGAUACUACUACGAUAGUUAAUCGAUCUUCUCAAACUUCUAAGCAAACGAUCAAUUUCAAAGAGAUAACGAAUACGUCGUCUUCUACAUCGACGAGAAGAAUUAAAGCGAUCAGCGUACCUAAAGAUAUCGAGAAAGUUAAAAUCGUUCCGGUAUUUUUCACAACCGGUAUACCAAAACCGUUAUUUCCAUUGAUCGAAUUGGACGACGACACGACGGGGUGUUCUAUAAAUGAAAGAGAGAGAUCUCUGCAGCGUAGGUUAACGUCGAAAGAAAAAAAUUCGCGUAAGAUAUCUAAUAAUAGCACGUCGGGAAGAAGAGGUCCUUCGGAAAGCGACGUAUCCGAUUCCUAUGUAACUGGUCCUCUUACGUUACAUCGAGAUUAUUUUUCAGAGAACGAACGUUGGCAUUCGGGUAAUGCUUCUAGCAAGAUGUCCGUUUCGUGCUUUAGCCGUCGUAGCUGUUCCUCGAAGAAAACUACGUCCUCGAACGCAUUGAAAUAUACCAGUGCUUUAGGAAGCAUUUGUUCCGGUGUCGCGAGGGUCACCGUUUCCGGUACGGCCAUGUCUAACCAACAAAAGAGAUUUACACAAAUUCGAGAGAUCACUCAUGAAAAAGGUAUACGCGGAAUGAGAAGCUCGCCGGAAGAUUUUCUCAGCGACACGUGAUUCUCCAAGGAUUAAACGCUUUUGUUCGUGUCUCUCUUUCUCUAUUUUAUCGUAACGAGAACGAAGACGAAAGGAGAUUCCUCUUUUUCCGUGCUCGAAUAAGAGAACGCCUUUUAUGCAGGAAGCUUAAUGGCAAAACCGAAGAGGAAAUAAAUUAAAGGAUUAGAAGGUAAAGAGGAACGACGAUUCGAAUCUGUAUUAUUCUCGUUUGGCCUUACGUACUAUCAUCUUUUACCAUUAAAGUUACCUCUUCUUUUUGAGAUAUCUCAUGCCGAAAAAAGUAACUUUUCAAAGAUUCCAGAUCUAUACCAAAGUCGUUCUUCUUAUUCUUCUUAUUCUU